GCCAACAUCCACCCCGCCCACCCGUCCCUCGCUUCGCGCUCUUUUCCGUCUAGAGCCUUCUGGAACCUUCCAUUCCAUCCAGAGCCGUGAAGGCGAGCCAUCGCCAUGGGCUCCUCCUUCUCCUCCUCCUCCUCCUCCGGAUGCUGCAUCUCCUCCGGGGGAUCCUCCUUCGAGCCGCCGCUCUUCCCCGACACUUUCAAGCUCUACACGGGGCGCACCUACCCGGGCAGUCUGGUCUUCGAAGCGGCGCGCGACGGUAGCAUCCCUGUCAUGAAGACGAUGGCGGAGCUUUGUCGAAAAUUGGGGGAAAGCCUGGAGGUGGUGGAGGAGAUCCAGGACUUCAACGGCAGGAGCCUCGGGGCGCUCCAUGUGGCGGCCUUGAAUGGGAAGCUGGAGAUGUGCGAGUUCCUGAUCGAUGAACUCAACCUCGACGUCAACGCGGCUGCUCAGCAUGGUUUAUCACCUCUAAUCUGUGCAAUAUACGGUACUGCACCUAAAAGAAUUGUGGAGCUUCUACUUGAUCGUGGUGCUGAACCAGACAUACCAAGCACAGAAGGGGUUACUGUGCUCCAUGUUCUUGCAACAAAGAAAGAUCCCUUUGGAAUAGCGGAUUUAUUGUUAUCCAGAGGGGCCAAUGUUGACUCUAUGAGCCCAGAAGGAACACCAUUACAUUUUGCGGCUCAGUGUGGAAAUCUGGAAAUGAUGGAAGUGCUGUUGAAGUAUGACGCAAAUCCUAACAGCCUUGUGCAAUCAUCCUAUGCACCACUUACAAUGGCUCUCUUGGGUUCUUCGUUGAAGUGUGUGGAACUAGUUAUUCAGGCCGGUGCUGAUGUCAAUGCUGCUAAGCCUGUAACUCCAUUAAUAAUAGCUGCAAGAUAUGGCUUAUCUGACUGCAUCAAGUGCUUGUUAAAAUAUUGCGCUGAUCCCAAUAUUGCCGAUGAACAGAUUGGUAUAAUCCCAGUGGAAAUAGCAGCAAUCCAUGGACGGAAGAAAUGUGUUGAGAUUCUUUUUCCUGCCACAUCCCCUGUAGAUAAAUUUGCAGACUGGAGCAUUGAUGGAAUAAUGCAACAUGUCGAAUCUGGGAGUUCAGAAGGUCAUCCUGAUAAUAUGACGCAAGCUUCUUUUGAAGCGCAAGGGGAUUAUGCAUUUGAGAGAGAGGAUUAUGUUCAUGCAUCAGCUCAAUACACCUUGGCAAUUGGGACUAGCCCUGAGGAUCCAAUCUUGUACUCAAAGAGGUGCCUUUGCUACCUUCGUAUGGGUGAGAAAAACAAAGCUUUGGAUGAUGCCAGUACCUGCGAAAGAUUGGGUUGUUUUGUAUCACGUUACUGCCAUGAGCAAGGAUCAGCUCUAAUACCAACGGAGGACUAUGGCCAAGCAGGCGAAGCUCUUAUAUCUAGCUUGAAGUUGGAUUCUGAAAGCGGCCCGGCUGGUGAAGUAUCUAGGGAGGAGGAUCUGUGAAUAAAGGAUAGUUGCUGCCUGGACAUGUGAAGUCUCCACUGAAGUUGUGAGGGGUUGUGUUUUGUUCGAUACUGCACGGUGUACUGUAUAGCCUGUCCAUAUUCUUGUGAAGAAAACUGAAAACAACAUAAGCUGGAGACGUACCAAUACAUAGCACAGACGAGUAGCUGGUGAUAUACCUAGGAUGCCUACAUGUCAGAUAUGGCUCUUAGCAGAGCUACGAAACUGAUCCAUGUACCUUGCUUACUUGUGACAGCGGGAGGGCAUGUCGUGGCCUUUUGUUAAUUAGAAACAGACCGCUGGAAAAUAUGUACUGUACAUGCCA